AUGGAUCGACGACCAUCGACUGCAGUGACGCUGUUCGCCGGAAGCAUAGCUGGAGCUUCAGAAACCAUUUGCACAUAUCCGGCUGAGUUCGUCAAAACACGACGACAGCUGCCAUCGACCCGUAACCUUUCCACACUUGCAAUCAUUCGAUCGACAUUAUCGACUUCUUGCUUGAAAGGGCUGUAUUCCGGUUGCACAGCGCUUGCAGUGUCCAAUGCAGCCAAGAGUGGUAUUCGGUUUUACAGCUUCGACGCUUCUCACAACUAUUUGUCGAAAGCCGUGCCUGCACUGCAAAAGUCGCCUUUGCUCAAUGUCUACGCGGGCUUGUGCGCAGGUAUCACGGAAAGCAUUCUUGUCGUUACACCAGGUGAGACUGUGAAGACGAAGAUGAUACACGCUUCAGCGCAGAAUGUUGGGCCGAAAGCCUCAAUCGUCAACACCAUCCGGCAGGUAAUUCGCAGCGAGGGUGUUCUUUCGCUCUGGCGAGGCCUAGGACCUGUGCUGUGCAAACAAGGCACCAACUCAGCGGUGCGGUUUGCGACUUUUGGAGCCUUCAAAGACCGUCUCAACUCAACAAGCUCGCUUCGUAACACCAUCGGAAGUUCUGGUGUGACGUUCCUUGCCGGUGCUGGGAGUGGGGUGGUGACGGUGUACGCAUCCAUGCCGUUCGACAACAUCAAGACUCGCAUGCAGAGUAUUGGUAGCAUGGACCGGAGCAUGUUGACCUGUGCGCGCAAAAUGCUCCUCAGCGAAGGCGUGACUGUUUUCUGGAAGGCGACGACACCAAGAUUGGUGCGGUUGACACUCAGCAGCAGCAUUACCUUUACGGUCUAUGACUGGGUGGUGAGAGCUUGCAGAUACGCAGCGGAUGGGCCGAUUGCAAAGCGAACCACAAUAGCUGUGUAG